GUGGUUUGAUAACCUGAACGUCCUAAUCACACCCCUCCCUUGCUGUCUGUCAAGGAGAAACCUCCAAAACUCAUCCAUGAUGAGUGCCGGCUUUUCCAUGAUGCCUGGCCAGUAACAUCAGCCAUGACCUGGAGGGACAGGCACAAGAGGUAGUUUGGUCUUCUUAGUGAGGUCAGCCCAGAGCUCUGCCCCUUGAGGAGAGACCUUCGGAGGUGUUGAAGGAUGAGUGGGAUAAUGUCAACUCCUGCUGCUCCCUGGUGAGCUGGGACACCAAGCUCAGACUGCUUUAGACCUGAAGUUGGACUUUACCUGCAGUCCUGGUCUUAGAAGGAAAUGCUGUCUCUCCUCUGUGGCGAUCCCUCAACUCUCAGCGUCUUCCAUUGAACAACUGACUUUCCACUCUAGGAGGCAAGGAUCAAAUGGGUUGAGGACAACUGGCCCUUCUUGGCUUUGGCAAACAGGAUUCUUUGGUGCAUUUUUAAGUGCCAGGACAUGAAAGAGUAAAUCCCUUCUUCCUGCACUCCUGCCUCCUGCAAGCAGCCCUGACUGCGGUCCAAGCCAGCCAGUUAAAGGGUUAACCAUAGCUGGAUGCCUCAAUGGCUGCCUUACUGAUCCCACGGAGGAACAGAGGGAUGAGGACUCGCCUGGGCUGCCUGUCUCACAAAUCAGACUCAUAUAAUGAUUUCACAGCUAUUCUUCCGGACAAGCCCAACCGGGCUUUGAAAAGACUGUCAACAGAAGAAGCUACAAGAUGGGCCGACUCUUUUGAUGUCCUUUUGUCCCAUAAAUAUGGGCUGGCAGCUUUCCGUGCUUUCCUGAAGACAGAGUUCAGCGAGGAGAACCUGGAGUUCUGGCUGGCCUGUGAGGACUUCAAGAAGACGCGCUCGGCGGCCAAGCUGGCCUCCAAGGCCCAGCGCAUCUUCGAGGAGUUCAUCGACGUGCAGGCCCCUCGGGAGGUGAACAUAGACUUCCAGACACGGGAGCUGACGAGAAGAAAUGUGCAGGAGCCCUCCCUCUCUUGCUUUGACCAAGCUCAGGGGAAGGUGCACAGCCUGAUGGAGAAAGACUCGUACCCCAGGUUCCUGAGAUCCAAAAUUUACACAGACCUGCUGUCUCAGACCCAGAGGAGGCUCAGCUAGGACAGCAACGGGGCCCUCAGAAACCACGUGCUUCCCACAACAGCCAAAACCCAUGUCUAAAUGUGAGACUUUCUUGGUGUUAAAAGCAGUGGGAAUGGAAAAAUAGGGAGAAGGGGCAGAGGAAGCUUCCAGAGAGUGACCCAGCCGUGAUAUUAAGACUCUUUGACUAUCUGUGCUUUUUUUCUUUCUCGUUAGCAGUAGCACCUUGCAGUCAUUCCCUCUGUCUAGCACAAACCCACAACCCUCUUGAGACACAGGGUCACCUGUGGGCAAGACAAGUUCCCUUUAAAAUGGCUGGCUUGGUUUGUGUGUAAAUAACACCUUUCCAUCCUUCCACACAUCUCCCUGUCUCUCACCUCUCCCUUGUGCUUGGAAGGGCCCCAAGGGCAGUGCUGACACUUGUGAAACCACAUCCAGCCCAUCUCUCACAGGUUGGCUGCUGGGGUCUGGACCAGAGGCUGAGGGGAGGGAGAGAGGAGACAAAGGCACAGGAUUCAUUCUCUUUCUUGAAGUGGGAACCAUCAGCAAACUCAGCUCACCUCCCCCCUUUUUUUUUUUUUUUUUUUUUUUGCACACCUUAUGACUUGGCUGCUACCUUGUCUCUGCCUCUUUUCCUUCGGGGAUGGAGGCUCAGAGUAUUCUCGAGGUGUUGAGCUUUCCUCGUGAGGAAGGUGAUCCCAAAAGCUCUCACUAGGCCUGGGCAGGCAAAUCUUCUAAUGUGAAUGAUUGUUUUUCGUGGCUAUUAUUUAUUUGUGUGGUAGUUCAGUCUCAGUCAUCAUCCAGGCUCUGUUGUGCUGGGCACUGGACCAAAAUCUUGCACAAAGGGGCUCCUGGCUGCCACAGGCUUGGUGGCUCCUCAGGAACGACCUGUUGGGAGAGAGUGGAGAGGAGGAAUGUCCCCUCUGUCCCUUGCUGAGGUGUAGGAAAAGCACAAGGCCCCUCUGCCACAGCAGAUGGCAUUUUUCAUGGGGUACCUGACCAGCGCGUGGCAACGUGAAAGAUCCCAUUUCUAUUUUUGUUAUUUCCUCAUUACUGACUGCUCCUACACCCCGAGUGUCCACUGUGGGUCCAGUGCCCUGCAAAGAGCUCCCCAGGACACAGAGCCCGCUGCAGGGUGCUUGCCCCCAGUGGGGCACAAAGCAAGGAGUGAGCAGGAUGGGUGUCGGCGUGUGCAGUGGGGUGUGAGGGGCCCUUUGGCCCUAUUCCCAUAGCCUGGAUGGCCACUGCAGGAGAAUUCUCUGUGCAGAUGUCAGGGGGGUAGCACCUCCUCUCUGCUGGGCAAUAGUUCCUUCCAUCUGAUGGCCCCAUUUCCAUGGCAUUGCUGUUCCAGCUUGGCAGAUUCUUGCAAUAUUUUUGAGGGGAGAAGCAGACAGCCUGUCUGUGGAUUUGAGCCGGCAGACAAGAGGUCUCUUUUCUUAAUUUAAUGAAGGCCUGGAAAGUGACCCGAUGGAUCUUUUUCUUCUCUCAGACCAGAGACUGUAAACCUCUGCUCCAGCCAAGGGUGGUGGGUGGUUUUGACAUAUCAGAAAACUGCUGAUAUAGACUUCGUGUAAUGUGCUGUAAAUGAGGUAGAAUGAAUUCUGAAGCCAAGCACAAUGUUUUUGGAAGAAGAUAAAAAAAAAAGUCUGGCUGGAUAUUACAAAUUACUGUCCAUUAAUUAAGUAGGAAACAGAUUUUGAGGCUUUUUGCAAGGAUGAUGUGCAGGCCAGUAGGACAAAUAGGUGUAGGAUCAAGACAGAGGUGGUAACCAUGCUGGGUUCAUUCUGGAGGUGUAUUCCUGUGGUCUCUAAGACACUGAAGUCUAAAUACAUUGCAAGUGCAAACUUUAUGUUCAGUAGGGAGACCCAUUUUUCAGUGCCUGGUUGGCCAGCAGCAGAAUCCUCCAGGUCUUUGGAAGGAAAAUCCCAUCUGCAGUUAAAUUUCCAUGAGGAAUGGCCAGAAAGCAGCAGUGACCCAGCAUUCCUGGCUGUCCCCUGCCCCCUGCAAGGACACCUGAGGAGCUGGGGCUGGCCUGUGGUGACAGAGGUGGCAUUCUGCAGCCACACCCAGGCUCAGUGACACAGCUCCUGGGACUGUUGAGGCCCCUCAUAGGAUGCAAGAGACACAAAGCUCAAGGUCUGGACUUGGCAGUUUGACACAAACUUUUUGCUGCUUGCUUGAAAGUGAGAGCAGUGAGAGACAUCUGGGAAAUGCUCCAGAUUUGCCAUGAUUUCUCCAAGGGAGCCAGAUCAUGCAGGAGCUCAGUGUCCCAAAGCUUUAUGGCAAGCAAGGCAUGGUGAGACAGGUCUGGUGAACCUGUGCAAGGCAUGGAGGGAAUCAGAGGUGGAAGCAGAGGACACAGAGCCACACAUCCAGCGGCUGUCCCUGGUGCAGCCUGGGCUGUAGGAAGGUGUCCUGGUCUGAACAGACAGAUGUCUGCUAAGGAAGGCAGGAGCCUCCCUUGAAAUGGAAAAUGUAAACCCCCUCCCUCUGAAUUAUUAUGAUUUUUAAAUUAAGGGGCUCUCAGGCAAAGAUAUGGGAGCAGGAAUAACAGUUCUGUACUAAGAAAAUUUAAAAUACAAAUGCAAUAGUACAAAAAAAACCACUGACAGAGUCAGAGCAGAGCUGACACCCUGUGUGUCAGGGUGGUGGCAGCAGUCCCAUCCCAUGGGGGCUCAGCCCUCCUGCAGUGCCAGCUGUGCUUCUGCUGGAGCAGGGAUCCUGGACAAGGCUGGAGUUUUCCUCUGAAGCUCCAGGGCUGCUGGAGAUGGGCCUGGGCUCCCUCUGGGAAUGCAGUGGAGAAGAAAGCUGCUCCUCUGGGAAUGCAGUGGGCAAAGGCUGCUGUGGUGUUCCCAAAAUAUCUCAGAUUGUAUCCAGGUAGGAAUGCUUGGCUCCUCCCCUGGGCAGAGCCUCUCCCCACGGGAUGAUGGAAUUUUCUCAGCCAUGCAGGGACACCCACUGGCCAUGAACAGAAGAUAAUAAUAAUUAAUGGCCCAUGGACAGAAGAGAUCUCCUGGAGGGAGGAUUGGCUGUGGGAGAGAUAAAGAAAACUGCCCAAUGAACAGGAGAGAACUGCCCCACCUCUGACAGAUGGGAAUUGAAUACACACCCCCAGCCACAUUUCCUAACCUAACACAGAAGGAAUCAUAUCACCCCCAGAGCCCCUGCCUGGGGCAGGGAGCGAGGAGAGCAAACCCAGCCUCGCUGCAGUGACACACUCAGGGCUUGACCUGCAGGGGAGGAUGGAAAUCUUCCCUCUCUGGCUGUGAGCAGAGGCUGGGGGAGCUCCCCUUUCCCAGAAAAGGCUGCCUGCCACCCCUGUGUAACACUGGGACCUCCCAGGGACACAGGCUGCUUUUGCAGUUUCCUCUCCCAUCUGGGUCACCAAAAACUGAUGCCUUGGAGUGGCUGCCUAGAACAGAGGCUAGACAGUUAAGAGGGUGAAGUGGGUAUUUAUUGAAGGCCUUCAACAGGCACACCUUGGGCAGUCAAAGCCUCCAAGAGGGGCUACACCCAGGAUGGACAAUGGUUUUUGAGAUAAUUAUAAGUUUGGUCCAUGUACAUAUCAGGGGUUAAUGCUCCAAUUAGAGGUAAUGAAGUCAUAUUCCCCCCUUUGCUCCCCCCCAAAUCACUUUUUGUGUAUCCUUUUUGGGGCCUGAGGCUGUAGGAGGUCUUUGGAUCACAGGCCCAGAGGAAUUGUUCUGUCUGACUAAAACAUGAAGAGAGUUAACUACACUUUAUAUGGAGUUUAGAGCUAUGCACUAAUACAGUAUAGGAUUUGAAAUAUAUAAAAGCUAAAAUCUUAAGGCAUUGGCCUGUAGUCCCAGUUUUACCCAGUGAUCCCACUGCUGCCAAAGGGCAGCUCAGCUUCCCAGCACUGUGGCACCAAGCAAAUGCUGCAAGUGGUGAACAAGGCCACCUUGUCUGGCCCUGCCUUCCUCCUUUCCACCUUCCUCUUGUCUGUACGUGGAAAAAAAAAAAAAUCCCAGAGCUGUCCAGGAUGUGAGAGCCAGCAGGAGGAUGAAGCAGUCAUUGCUUUUAAAGAGAAGGCAGAAGGCCAUGACAGCUGCCUUGUGGUACUUCUCUCCAGACAGACCUUCUGAGUGGGCUUGGGUGGUGCUGGCCUCUAGUGCCAGCUGAGGCACCCCAGACAAGGCUCUGCAGCACCUUGGGGAGGGUCACAGAGACAGCCAGGCCAGGGGAUACAGCAGGAACGAGAGGCUUGUGUCCAGGAAUGUGAGUGUGGACAAUCCCCAGGCUCCCCUGGUGUCCAGAGUGUGACUCCUUGGUCAUGUCCAGAGUGUAACUCCAUUUCUCCACGAGAUCCUGCAGCAGUGUUGGUGCUGGAAGUCCUUUCAUUUCACGUCAGAACUCAUGGGAAAACCUCAAAGUGGCCAACACCCUGUAAAUCCAAGCUCCCUUCUCUCCUCCAUCCACCUGGGGAAUUACUUGGAGCAGGGCACACCUGGAUAUGUCAUUGCUGCAGUGGUGACAGGAGCUGGAAUCAGGCUGGCUGAUGUAGAAGUGUUCUCCCCAGUAAACUGGGCCCCAGUAAAUUGUUCCCUCCAUUGGGAACAGCAUCCUAGAACACAGAGUGGAGCAGAAGUAUUGUCUGAGGCAUUUAAGUCUAUCACUCAUUAUUUUUGUUGCUGCUCUUGCAGUUUGUCUCUCUGGAAGGAAAGCAGACUAGUUAUUUAAAGUAAGAUUCUAUUUUUCUUAAACAAGAAAAUGGCACCAGCUGCUUCUUUUAUGACAAAUGUAGUUCUGAAUUGAACCAAAAUAAGCAGCUUGUAGCUCUACUCCUUAAACCAGGGGCUGAUCAAGGAAAUAAUAACUGAGCCAAAGCUUUGGAAAGAGCUGAGUGGUGACUAAUUCUCACCAAGGACAAAUAUCCUGUCCUUGAUUCAUCUCUUCCUGGUGUGAAAGGGAUAUUCACAACCUACAAACCCAUUUCUCCUCUCCACAAGCACACACCUCCAAAAUUUUCCUCCUGUUUGGAGCAAUGUUAAAAUCUGACAUCACAUGAAGAGAGGGGGGAAAAAUGGUUCACUCAGUUCUUUUUAUUCUGUUUGCUGGCCCAUACCCAGUCAGCUCCCAGGCAGAAGGGAAAAAGAGUUUACAAAUUUCCUUUUCUGUGAGCUUCAGGUGGUGUUAAGUCCAGGAUCAGAUGCAGAACUCUAAUCUGUCUAAAGUUUCUCCUGCUUUGGUGCAUCAGCCAGGCUUGGGAUGAUCCUCAUCACUUUUAGUGGACUCAUUAAUGCACCAUGUUGUUCAUGCUGGGAGGUGUGAAGGGCAAAGGGGAGGUGGAAAUUGCUGUGUGUGUCUGGGGGUGUGGGUGAUGAGAGUGCACGUGACUUCAUCUAUAUCUUAUUUAGUGUCCUCUACUACAGAAGCUUUUCUGAGACAUAGAUGUGCAUGUUAAAAUAGGAGAAUUAGGCACAAAUGACAUAAACUGAGAUCUUUAGCCAGUGUUGUGUUUGCCUCGUGUGUAAGUCCAAGUAGUAGUAAGAGAUGUAAAACUCUGCUAGGCUUCCAGUUACCCCUAAGAGCACAUGUAUCAAACUGAACUGAAUGUUCACUGAUAGACACAAAACCAAAAUGUUUACAGCAUUCAGAGCAAUAGCAAAGCAUACCUCAUGCCAGUCCUGGAGUGCCUCUCACCCGUCAGUGCAAGCUCUCCCCUCCCUGGGCUUCUCCCCUCCACAUUCCUCUCUCCUUCUCUGUCCUGUCCUGGUUGUCUUCCCUCCUCCUCGAAGCACUCCAAACCUUCCUGUCCACCAGCACUGUUUGUCCUCAUCUGUCUGAGCCUGGGACUCCCCUAACCUCGCCCUGUUUGCCUCUCCUCCACCCCCAUCCAUCCCUCCUCUCUUCUUUGCCUUUCCCUUCCCCAGACACUCGUCUCUGGUCAUGCCAUCUCCCUCCUACACGCCUCCUACUGCCACUGUAAAGCUCCUAGGAGCUCUUCCUUGCCCAUUAUAUAAGAACAAAACGUUUCACAUAAUUUCUGCAUUAUCUUUCAUCCCUGGGGCUGCUGCAGUUGUCUCCUUCCUUGGUGCUGUGCUCUCUCUGGCAUCGUAGCAUUAUAUCCCAGAACUGGAAUUAAAGUUCAUUUUGCUGCUAGACCAGAAUGCUUCUGUCUACCAUGCACCCCUUGGGCUUUGCAGAGGCUUGUCUUGUCCCCAGGUCUUUUGUCUUCCUUCUUUUUCUCCUUCUUCCAUGCACGCUGCACAUGCAGUGCUUCUGCCAGGGGCUGGCUAGGGUAGAGGGUGUCCAUGCUGGGGUCACUCACAGCUGGGCACCCCCGUGGCUCUCUGGUUUAUAAAAGCAGUCUCAAUCAAGGUGUGUGGGUUGUGUUUGCUCAGCAAAGUCAGUCGUUGUGCUCUGUGCCUCCUCCUGGCUUUCCAGGAGGAUGUGUUUCUGAUCUGAGGCUGCGGUGAACUCAGCGGGAGUUCAGGGAGCCGAGGCCGUGGGAGGGAGGUGGCAGAGGGGGAUGAGCUUGUUACCAAAAACAUCCAACAUUCCUGGCAAAAAGACAUGGGAGAAAAGGCAGUGCCUGCUUUUCGAGGGACCAGGGAGCUCUGGGGACCAGCUGUGCUGUGAAUUGUUUGUCUCAAAUAGCCCCACACCUCCCAGUUUGCCUCAUGUGUUGCGUGCCCCAGGCUGGCUCUAAAGCAUGACGGGUGAGGAGCUGCUCAGCUUUGCAUUUCCAGGGCAGGUAACAGCAUCAUCCCGAGAGAAACGUCUUCAUGUUGCUCUAGCAGUGCCUGCAGCAACCAGCUGAAAAGCAGUGAGGGGAAGGAGGCACCUUCUGCUGUGUUUACUCCUGCAGACCUCUGUAGGACUCCUGGCAAGGAGAAGAGAGCAGGGUAUGAACACACCUGGGGGUAGAUCCCCCUUCCUUAAGAGCCACGACUGAAGAUCUCAUCUUCUCAUAACCUCUGCCCCCAGCUUCUCUAUGAGUUACCCAAAUCAGAGCUCAGAUUUGUCCUUAAGCUCCUUGGCGCCUCCACCUUGGUGGGAUGGCAGUGUCCCCUUGAGUACCUGACUACAAGCCCAACCCACUAGGGCUGCUUGAAAUAACAAAGAUAUCUGGUUCCUCUGCAAAUCAACUCGUGGGUGGCUCAGAAGAGAGUGAGGACGGCUCUGCUGCACGCAGUGAACUCAGAAGUGAGCCACCAGGCAGAAAGAACAGCUCAAAAGUGCUUCCCUGGGCAACGUUUUUAUUUUCAGGAGAUGCUGCUGCUGCAGCUGCCACCCCUGCGGCGCCCCGGUGCUGCUGGUGUUGGGGCAGGCCACGCAGGCUGUUCAGUCUGAUCCCUUCCUGCUCAAGGAAAGGCAUGGGCUCGGCUCCCCGGGUUCCCCCUGCAUUAGCUGCUUGUCUGCUAGGCUCCCCUUUUCCCCCGGGAGGCUGGAGAAGCUCCUCAGCCACGCCACAAAUCCCCCACCGAGCCGCGUCACCACGUUGUGCAGUGUUACACCCGUGCUGUAUAGACACCCUGAGGAUGUAAUAAACAGCCUGAGACUA